AUGCCAACUUACUUACCGCAAUCCUCUGACUAUUUACCAUAUUGGAUUUUAUUUGUCUCAAUUUUGGCUAUUUUCAAUACAAUUCAAAAUUUUAUAACCCUUUCACUUACAAAGCAAGUCUAUAACGCGAAACCCGAGCAAGUGACUGAAUUAUCCUCGCGUCUUUCUGGCAUUUGGACAUUUACAUCAGCUGUUAUACGUUUUUAUGCAUCGUACAAUAUUAAUAAUAAAGAGAUUUAUCAAAUAGCACUUUGGUCAUAUGUAAUUGCUUUCUUUCAUUUUGCAUCCGAAUUUCUUUAUUUUAAGAGUGCAAAGGUUGGACCUGGACCAUUGUCGCCGAUAAUUGCUUCACCAAUUCAUCAAAGACUUGCCGUGAAAUGUGUGAAUUCUCCAUAA